UGGGGUCUGCGUCUGGCUUUUAAGGAUUCCCGAUUCAGCCUUACACUACUGCACGCAUGUAGCUGGCAGCGCACACCAAUGCCAUAAAGUGCAGGACCUUUUGCUUAACUCCUGGACUGUGCAUGUGCGGUCAUACAGCUGGAGUAAGGGCAGAAUUCUAACAGUUUAGAGGGUCUUAAACUUAACUUCGGUUGAAGCCAGGUCAUAUGUAUUAAAGGAUGGUCUUGAAAUUACCAGGUAGCCAAGAAUAACCUUAACUUCUGAUCCUCCCUCUUCCACCUUCUGAGAGCCGAGAUUAAAAGUUUGUGCCACCAUGCCUAUUUAGGUGGUACCGGGGAUUGAAUCCAGGGCAUUUCAAAUGUAAGGCAAGCACUCUAUCAGCCGAGCUAAUUUGGCAACCUCUAGUGCCAAUAUACACUUAAAAGGGGGAAACCAACUGAGGUAUAGAGAGAGACUCAGGAAAUGAAAAAUGAGACCCGUGCUUGUACAUUUUAACCAGGAGGCCCUGAAACUCAUGAAUGAAGUGCAAGAACAUUUGGAAGAAGAAGAAAAGUUAUGCCAGGCAUCUUCUGUGGAUUACUGGGAUGGAUGCAGGCCAUGUCUGGAAAGUAACUGCAUGAGAUUUUACACAGCUUGCCAACCUGGUUGGACCUCUGUGAAAAAUACGAUGGAGCAAUUUCUCAGGAAGAUGUACCAAUUUCUAUUUCCCCUCGGUGAAGAUGUGGAGGAUCCCCCUGCCGCCAAACAGCCGACGGAGGAAGACUUACAAGUGACGCAAAUGGAGGACCUCUUCAGCCAGCUAGCGGUGGAUGUGAAAUCUCUCUUCAACAUGAGCUUUUACAUUUUCAAACAGAUGCAGCAAGAAUUCGACCAGGCUUUUCAGUCAUACUUCUUGUCCAAUGUAGACUCAAUGGAGCCGUACGUUCCCCCAGCUUUACCCAAAGAGCUAGCCAAAAAAGAAGACCUUGGGCAAAGGUGGGACAUUGCCAAUGUCUUCCAGCUGUUUCAUAAUUUCAGCCUCUCUAUUUAUGGGAGAGCCCGAGAAAUAAUUACGAAGAUACUGAACGCAAUUGAGGAUUCCUGGGAACCACACAAAGAGUUGGACCAGAGAGACCUGCCUUCAGAGAUGUUACCUGAGCAAAAUGGAGGAAUGUGUGAGGAAUUGGGCCAGAAUGUUUCCGGAUGUUUCAAAUUUCAUGAAAGAUGCCAAAAAUGUCACAAAUACCUAUCUGAAGACUGCCCUGAUGUACCUGAACUACACAUAGAAUUCCUUGAGGCCCUGAAAUUAGUCAAUUUAUCUAAUCAGCAAUAUGAUCAGAUUGUUUGGAUGGCCCAGUAUCAUCUGGAAGACACCACAUAUCUGAUGGAAAAGAUGCGAGAGCAGUUUGGAUGGGUAUCUCAACUAGCAAGCCAUAACCCAAUGACAGAGGACAUCUUUAAUUUAACAAAGGCAAUUCCAAGCAUUCGUGGAGGAAAUUCUUCCAAACAGGAUGACAUGAUGGUAGACUCAAGCAUUCUGCCUUCCUCUAACUUCUCACUCCAGAGUUCUGAAGAAAGUGCUGAGAGCGUAAAUGUCAUUGACUAUGUGCUAGCAAAAGUUCUGCGGUAUUUUAAGGGACAUUUUAAAACUUGGUAAGCAGAAUGGCUGAUUAGAAAACCUUUGCUGACAGGGUAGGUGACUCAUAACAAGAAAUAACAGAAAUAUAAGAAUUAGGUAGGAGCUAUCAAAUUUACCAAUGUUAAAAAGCUGUGUAAAAUGUUCCUAGAAAG